GCGGCUAUCCAAGAGACAAUGUGGACUAACUCCAGCAACGUCCCUUCCUAUGCCAACUACACGAUCGUCCGUCGCGACCGCGGUCGCAACAACGACGCAGGUUUGGCCUUCUUGGUGGACAAAUCCAUUGCCCCCCAUCAGCUCCCUAUGCCUAGUGCCGACCCCAUGGAAGUAUUAGCGAUUUUGUUCGACGUUGGCCAGGCGCCUCUAAACGUCGUGAACGUCUACAUCCCUCCAAGUUCCAGUUAA